AUGGCCACUGGGCCGAACAUCUGGUGCGUAUUAGGCCAAAACUUCUGUGACGUGAAGUCUCAACAGGCUGAAGUCAUACGGAUCCUGGAGAGCAAAAGCAUCCAGUACGAGCUCAUCGACAUUUCUGUGGGCGGGGAGCUUCGUGAUGAAAUGAGGAGCAAAGCGGGGGACCCCACAGCCGUCCCUCCCCAGCUUUUCAAUGAGGAGCAGUACUGUGGGAACUACGAGAUGUUUUCUGAGGCAGUGGAAGCGGACUCAGUGGAACAGUUCCUGAAGCUGGCGUGA